GGUAAUUUCGUUUAUCUGUGAAAUUCGCUUUUCUCCGAUUGGGCGUAAAUAAUUGCCAUGUGCAGCAUUGGCGAAGAUGAUUUUGGUGACGAGGGGGCCGCCCAUGCCAUGGUGGCGGAAUCGCUGCCCUCGGGAAUCGUCCUCAGUCCUGGAGAUUGCAACAAAUGUGGUGUGACUUCAAGCGAACUCUACAAACUGAACUUCCGGACGGCGGAGUGUCGUGACUGCUUCCUAGCAUAUGCAAGGCACAAGUUCCGGGCUGCUCUGGGCGCAGCCAAGAUCCUGCCACGAAACGCCGAGGUGCUCUUGGUGCUUGACGGCUCCGCUGAGUCCUUGGUGCUCCUGGACAUGCUACACUUUGCCCAAACGCAAAACACGUUCAAACGACUGCACUGCAAUGCACGUGUGGUCUACGUAGACGAUCAUCAAGUGCUGGGCCGAUAUCCUGUGGACAUGGAGGCAAUCAAGACUUUGUCCGACCAAUAUGCACCCUUUGAGUUUCAUGUAAUUGAGCUGGGCGCCUUGUCCAGCUCUUUGCAGCGGAUCAAGGAGCACAGUCCUUCCCCCAAUGAAACCAACGAGCUGGUGGAGAAACUCGAGAGGCUGCGCAGCCUAACAGCUCGUCAGGAUUUCCUGCAGCAGCAGCGCAAGAACCUCAUUGCCUCGGUGGCAGAGAAGCUGCAAUGCAGUCAUGUCUUUGAGCCCAGUAUAAGUGUGGAUUUGGCCACCCAACUCUUGACUGCAAUAGCCCUGGGACGUGGUGGCAGUGCCGCCUUGGAUGUGGCUCUCCUGGACGAUCGGCUGGCGGGCGAUGUCAAAUUGCUGCGACCCCUUAAAGACCUUAACGAGCAGGAGAUUCAAUUCUAUGUUCACGCCCAGCGAUUAAAACCUCUGCUGCAAGGUGGCUCCCGAUAUGGCCAGGAGCGGGGGCAGACUGCCAGCUUACAGAACCUCACGUCGGCCUUUGUGGCUAACCUGCAGAAGAACUAUGCUUCCACCGUGUCCACAGUGUUCAGAACUGGCGACAAAAUAGCUGUUAAUGCCCAUCCAGAGCAGGCAACGUGUGUCCAAUGUCAGUCUGCUCUGGAUUCCGACCUCUCCGACACUCUGCUGGCCAUCGAGUAUUCCAGAUCCGUGUCAGAGGCCGGCGUAGGUCUGUACAAGAACGGAGAUGACCUCGAAGCUUUGGCAAAGCGGCGGCUGGAGGCGCAGGAUGGGCUGUGCCACGCCUGCCGAGGCAUACAGACAGAGCUCAGAAGCGCGUUGUGUUAACGAUCGGCAGCAGUGGCAGAUGACCAUCGCAGGGCGGGACGUUGGAGGCCAGCACGACCCGGUGGAAAUCGUAGACUAUAUAGCGAUUGUAUUGUUUGGUCUU